AUGAUUUUUUUCAAGCUAAUGGAUGAAGUUGAAAACGCGGAUCUGGUGUUUACACUUGAUACAAUUGUUGAUAAGUUUGGAGAGGAGAUGGCACCCUAUACUAUUGGCUUAUGCCAGAGUCCGCUUCUGCAUUUUGGAUGUGUAUCAAUACUUCAGAAGCUAAUGAUGAAGCGGAUGAUCCUGGUGCUUUGGCAGUUGUGGGUUGUUUACGUGCCAUUAUUACCAUUCUUGAAUCACUGUGCAGGCUCCCUCACAUUUUUUUCUCACAUUGAGCCGAUUCUACUACCAAUAAUGCUUCAAAUGCUUACAACUGAUGGGCAAGGUUGGUGUCAAAAAGCUUGCAAAUGUUCACUUUUCCCUCAUUUGACCACUAACAUUUGGCACAGGUCACAAGAAUUAUCGGAGCAAGGGUUCAUUAGUCUUAAAGAAUUAUGAAAGGCAAGAUGCAACUCUACUUAAUUGGAAUUUGAUGUUUAUCAUCUUUUUGUAUAUCUUUUUAGUUUGUAUAGCUUUACUUUGAAGAAGGUGUCCCUUGAUACGCAAUGUAGUAUUAGGUUAUAUAGUUAGGGAAAACCACUUAAUAACAAUGUACAAUUAGACCCCUUAAUAUCAAUGUAUUACAAUUUUUGGCAUGAUGUUAUUUGAUAUAAUUGAUUGUUUUGG